UAUUCCAUAAUUUUCAAAUUUUUAAAAACGUGUAUUGCUCAGUAUUCGUUCGUAAUACUUGUAUUUCGUGUCAUCUGACCCAUCAUCUUUAAAGUGAAUCCGAUGAAUUAUCAAUUUAUUUUAAGUACAUUUCUAAAAAUUUACUUACAAUAACACUUUUAUUACAUCAAUCAUACUUGUUUGUAUAUCAGUUCGAAUGCUUUAAAUCUGGAUGAACAUAACGCAAUGUUGGCCGCCACCAACCCACAAGUGUUCAUACCUUUUGGGCGGCAACAUAUAAAAAAUAGAUUCAUUGGUGAAGUAAAGACUCCAUCAGUUGGAUAUUAUGAUCGUCCUGAGCUGCAUGCUGAUGAGUUUCUGUCCAAAAAAGCUACAACUCUAUCUCUGGAAGAAUCAAAUAAAACUAAGCAUCAAGAAAAAUUUAUUUUGAGAGAAAAAGAUGGAGCUGAAGAAGAACUGUUUAUUUUUGGCAAAGUAGUAGUGCAUAGUCGUGGAAAUGCAUUUAAAUCUACUGCUGAUAAAGAAGAUUAUACACCAAGCUGUAGGUCAUUGAUUUGUACAUAUACAAUGGAAACUAAUGUUAGUCAUGCUUUGUGGAGUAAAUUUAAUGUAUCACCAGAGGAAAACAGCUUUGAAAUUAAAUCUAAUGAAAAAACUGUAUCUUGCAUUUGUAUAGUAGAUGCAAAAAAAAUAAGUUUAUAUUCUGAAGGAGGAGAUGUUUGGCAUACGCCAUUAUAUUUCAAGGUUACCUCGGUUUGGAAUACAAGUUUCGGAAUACUUAUUGAAAGAGAUCUGGGUCAAGUGUCAAUAGAUAUGACUGGAAAAUCUUUACCGCUACCUACUAUAUACUCAUUGAGUCAACCAUUAAAAGAAGUAUUACCUUUGUUCUUAUUAAAACAAGGUAGUGUAUUACAAUAUGCAAGAGAUUGUUUAACUACAAUUGUUUUUACAAGUAUUGAAUUUAAUAUAUGUUUGAUGUAUGAUAUGUUAAAUGGCUUACACAGUGUUUGGAGGAUUAGAAAGCCUACAGCUGAAGAGUGCAAUAUUAUGUGUGGUCAAGAUUCAAUAUAUUCUUCUACAACAAAUCCUUCUUAUAUUCCAAGUAACAGUAAUCAAAUAAAUGCAAUGUCUAAUUCAUUAGUAGCUGGCUCCGGAUUUUUAACUGACAGAUUAUCAUUAAACCACCCAGUGAAUUCUAGUCCAUUUACUUUUAACAGACGAAGUACUCCUAAUAUAAUAUCACCAUUUAAUACUUUGAGCCCAAUGACUGCAAUCAGUCAUUACAAUUCCUCUGUUUGGAAUAGUCCAUCAAAUACUUCAAGGAGAAGUUGGCAUCCAAAUGCUACAAUUACUAAUAGUCAAGCAUAUAACACACCAUCCUCUAUGUCUCGUAUAGUUAAUGCUAGACUUGGUCAUGGAAGCAUGUAUGGAGACAACAAUUCUAAACCAGUUAGUCCUGAUAUUUGUUUAGAAUACAUGUGGACUGAAAAUCAAAAUAGUAUGGGGAAUCAAGUACAAUGUGCUUCUACAAGAGUAUUUAUUGCUUCGAAUUUUGUUGAAGAACAAUUUUUAUGUUAUUUAUUGCCUUCUAAAAAACAGUUAAUAUGUGUUGUAUUGGAACAUUCAGAAAUAAAUACUAAUGAUAUAUUAUUAGGAGAUGUUACUGUUCUUUCAGCAAAAGAUGCCGCAUAUUUACCAGCAAGACAUUUAACUGUAAUAAUGGAUUGUCAAAAUAAUAUUUCACUGUACUCUGGGAUACUAAUAAUUGGCUCGGUUCAAUUUGGAAGUUUGUCUUCAGCAUUUGAUGAAAAUACUUCUUACUUUACAGCAAAAAAUAAGUCAACUAUUGGGACCCCCUUAAUUAAUCGAAAAAGUUUAUUGUCAUCUACAAGAAAUGAGGAUAUUCAGUCAAAUCAAAAUGCUAGUAUUAUUUCAUCGCCUUAUGAGUAUGAAUCACAGUUUAUUGUGCAUUAUGAAACACCAUAUUCUGAAUCUUCAAUAAGUUGUUUUACAUCAAAAUUGGAAUUAAAACAAUUAAGAGAUCCAAUAGCUUCUCGUGUUACAUUGGUUCAUGUAGAUGAAAGUAUGAUUCGAGUUGAUUUUCCUGUUGUUAGUUCUUCGCCAUUAGUUACUAAAUGUUUAAACACACUUAAAAAUGUUCUUCAAAAAUCAAUUGUUAUGGAGUUUAUGACAAAAUGGUAUACAGUUAGAAAUGCACCAGGCACACAAAAUAUAUCAGGUGAAGAGGAAUGGAAUUUAUUUCUUCAGAUGUUAUUUGGAUUAAUAGGCUAUAAUUUGGAGUCUUUACCAUUAACUCAUGAUUCUAUAAAUGCAAAUAACGAUACUCCAGCAAAGUCAAAGAAGCAAAGAGUUUUAGAUAUAGGCAGUGAUGAAGAUUGGACAUAUAUGUUAAAAUCAUCUUUUAAUAAUCUUCGUGGCGAUAAAAUAGCAGCUUCCCUUGGGUUGAAAAAUAAGUCAAAAAAUUAUCCUUUAAGUUUUCAUCAUCAAAAUACAAUUUUAAAAAAUGAUAUUGAUACAAAUGCCGUACUAUUUCCAUACAUCUAUGAUAUAUUAUUUUCAUUGCAUUUAGUAUAUGAAGAUUUAAAACUCAACACAUUGAAAAAUGAUUUGUUGCCAAUGAUUGUGCAGUUAUUAUAUCAAUUAGCAACUGAUUUAAAAUUAGAAGAAUAUGUUUAUCAUUAUUGGAAAGAUUAUCCACUGAUUUGUAACAGAAAUAAUUUAUCAUCAGUUUCUAAUCAAUUGAGUAAUGAAAAUAUGAAGAAAUUAAUAAUUCCACCAUAUUUUGAACAAAGUCCUCCAGAUAUAUUUAAAUUGUGUUUCUUACUAAUGAAAUAUUAUAAAGCCAAUCCUUAUCCUUGCAUAGAAAAUGUCAAUAGAAGGACUAAAAAUAUAAUUCAGAUAUAUGGUUCACUGUGUUUAAAAAAGAAAUCUCACAUGAAAGCACUAAUGAAAGUCAUUAAUCCUGCUGGUGUAAAAACCCAUACAAAUGAAAUCAUUUCUUUAAAAAACAUAAAUUUAAAAUGUAAAAUAUCAAAAUAUCAUCAAGUCACUUAUUUUAUGUCAAAAAUUGGAAUUACACAACAAACUUUACUAACUUAUCCACCUGGAGUUGCAAUCUUAUUAUGUGACGUUAUUGAUAAAUGCAGAGAAAAUCCUCCUACAAAUUGGCCAAAAUCAACAUAUGAAUUAAUAAUGCGGGAAGAUUUAGCAUUCCAGACAUUAAAUACAUUUUCCAAUAAAAACAAAUCUAAAACUAUUAAUGUUGAAAAAUUGAUUGAUUGGAAUGAUGCUGGUGAAACAAAUAGUAAUAUUGUAAAAGAUGGCAUGGAAAACCUGGAUGAUGAGAUUAUGAAACUGCUAUGGAACCAUGAUCAUCGUAUCACAGAUGUAAGAAAUUGUCUACAGUCUUGUCAUCCAGUGACCAUAGGAAUAAAACAACCACCAGAAGCUAGUGACCAUGACUUUGUUGAAGAACAGGAAAAAUACUUGUACUCUAUAUGUUCAAGAACAAUGGCCUUACCAAUUGGAAGAGGAAUGUUCACUAUGAGAUCGAUCCAACCUGUUAUUACUGAACCACUACCAUUACCAAAACUUUGUUUGUCUGGUAAAACUCCACGAGGUGCUGCAGUUGAACUAAGUCACAUAGAUGUUGUUCCUAACAUGAAUCUUUGGCCAUUAUUUCAUAAUGGAGUUGCUGCUGGACUACGAAUAAUGCCUUCAGCUGAUAAUAUUGAUUCUACUUGGAUUUUAUAUAAUAAGCCAAAAAGUACUCCAGAAGCAUUACCUGAACAUGCAGGAUUUCUUAUGGCAUUAGGAUUGAAUAAACAUAUUACUAACUUAGCUACAAUGAAUACUUAUGAGUAUCUAUGUAGAUCCCAUGAAAUGAUCAGUAUUGCCAUACUUAUUGGAUUAGCAGCGGCUAAAAGAGGUUCUAUGGACACAGAAAUAACACGUAUGUUAUGCAUCUUUAUAGAAUCUUUAUUACCACCAACUACAAUUGAAUUAGAUAUGAGUCAAAACCUACAAAUAGCAGCAUUAUUAAGUAUAGGUCUUCUCUAUCAAAAAACUGCACAUAGACAUAUAGCAGAAGCAUUAUUGUCUGAGAUAGGUCGUCCUCCUGGUCCAGAAAUGGAUAAUAGUAUUGAUAGAGAAUCUUAUUCAUUAGCAGCUAGUCUUGGUCUUGGUUUAGUUGUGUUAGGAAAAGGUUCUGAUGUUGUUGGACUUAGCGAUUUAUCAAUUGCUGAUACGUUACAUUAUUAUAUGGUUGGAGGACAUAAAAAACCUUUAACAGGAGCACAAAAAGAUAAAUAUAUUAAUCCGAGUUAUCAAAUUCGUGAAGGAGAAAUGGUAAAUGUAAAUGUUACUGCAAGAGGUGCUACAUUAGCCUUAGGAAUGAUGUAUUUCAAAACAGGAAAUCAAGCUGUAGCAAAUUGGAUGAGUAUACCAGAUUCCCCAUAUCUUUUAGAUUUUACUAAUCCUGAAUUUAUAUUACUUAAAAUGUUAGCCAGAGGUCUAAUAAUGUGGGAUUACAUUUUACCCACAAAAGAUUGGAUUGAACAAUUUGUUCCCCAAUCCAUUCGACGUUAUUGCUUGGUCAAACCUAAACCAGGGAUAGCAAAUCCUGAUUUAGAAACUAUCAAUCAAACAUACUGUAACAUUGUAGCUGGCUGUAGUAUGGCAAUGGGUUUGCGUUUUGCUGGAUCUGCUAAUGAAGAAGCUUUUAAUACUCUUUUAUCUUAUUGUCAAAUGUUUAUAUCAUUAUGUAGUAAAUCAGUAGCUGAACUUUGUGGAAAAUCAACUAUUGAAACUUGUAUAAAUGUUACACUAAUAUCAUUAUCUAUGGUAAUGGCAGGUACUGGCGAUUUAGAAGUAUUGCGUAUUUGUAGAUAUUUGAGAUCAAGAGUUAGUGUUUCUCCCCAUAAUGUUAUUACAUAUGGAUCUCAUUUAGCUACCCAUAUGGCUUUAGGACUAUUAUUUUUGGGUGGUGGAAAGUAUACUCUUUCGACAACUUCAGAAGCAAUAGCUGCACUUAUAAUUGCAUUUUACCCUCAAUUUCCAAUUCAUAGUAAUGACAAUAGAUAUCAUUUGCAAGCUUUCAGACAUCUUUAUAUUUUAGCUACUGAACCUAGAAUCAUAUUACCAAGAGACAUUGAUUCUGGAGACUUGUGUUAUGUCCAUUUAAAAGUUAUAUUCCUUGAUUCUAAAUAUUACCAAAAUCAACAUUAUACUGUUAAAGCUCCAUGUUUAUUACCUAAAUUAUCAUUAUUAAAAGAAGUACGUGUUGAAGAUGGAAGAUAUUGGUCAAUAGUAUUUGAACGUGAUAGAAAUUGGGAUAAGCUUGAAAACAUGUUGGACAAUGUCAGUUAUUUAAAUGUCAAGCAUAAAGCUGGUCACUUAUCAUAUUCAGAAGAUCCAAAUGGUUACAAAUCUCUCAUCGCCCAAACUUUGAGUUCAAAUGAUUUUAAUUCCUGGUCUAUUUCUCCUGAAACCAUCUAUGGAUUUUCUUCUGAUCCAAAAAUUGUUCAAAUGGUUCGUUACUUUUUAAAUCUGAGUGGGGAUAAGGUUAACAAUCCUUAUCAAGUAUCUCAAGUAUCUGUUAUUCGACAAUAUGCUCAAAUAUUAUUUAAUUGUAUCGUUCAUGACAAAAUAUUUUUAUUACCUUUAUGGAUGCCAAUAAUGAAGACAUUAAGUAAUUUACCUCAACCACCUAGUAGUUUUUAUUGUUGGCAAUUAAAAUUAUUUAUUGAAUCAGCAAGUACUACUAUUUGUUGCAAGGAAACAUUAAAUGAUCGACCAAAACUAAUUCCUCUUUUAUUUGCUUCAUCAAUUGAUAUGUCAUGUAAUUCUAUAAUUCAAAAUUGGGAAAAAGAAGGAAUAUCAAUUAAAGUAUGCUGGGAUUCCUCAAAUAUUCAAGACUCAAAAACUGAAUUAAUUAAAAGUGCAUAUUGCACGUUAUUGGAGAUUCCUCAUAAAUCUAAAAUACCCGAAUGUGCUUUGGCAGAUCCACAUUUGGCAUAUGAAUACACUAAAAGUCUUUUCUUACCAUGGGAAACAAUUAAUAAAAUAUGUUCAUAA